AUGGACGCGCCUCGCGUCCCCUGGAAUUAUACGCUGCCUAACGGGAACGUCGCUGUAACGAUGGAGGCCUGUUUCCAAAUGUUACGUGAUCAAGGCAUUCCGCCCGUUCCUGAGCCAGCCGAUGGUAGCCUAUGGUGUAAUGCUACAUACGAUACGGUUCUUUGUUGGCCACCAACGCCAGCGAACACAAGCAUUGUGCUACCGUGUCCUCCGCUCAAGGGAUUAGAUCCCACUCGUAAGUUGCUACACAUAACAAGCGAAAUCCGUUUAGCCGAUUAG